GCGGCCGGCGUGAAUUCUUUUUUGCAAAACGCUGGACAUAAAAAAAAGUGCUAGAAAAAGUAAAAACCACGGAAAAUUGCAAAAUUAGAGCAAUACCUUGCACCAAAACUCUGGUAUAAUUGUUGGGGAACUAUUACCCAAACGUGAAGCCUCGUUUUCGGUGCUAUCAUCGUAUUUUUCACCAAUUCCUUCACUGGCGGUGUGUGUAUAACAAAAUGGCGUCCUCGCAAGUCUCAAACAAAUCGGGCUCGGGCUGGCCGCUCCGCGGAAGCAGCAGCAAUAAUAAUGGCACGCAGAAAUUUGCCAACAACCAGGCACUGACCAUAAAUCGCACCGUCAAUCUAUAUCCCCUGACUAACUACACAUUCGGCACGAAGGAGUCGCUGUUUGAGAAGGAUCCAUCGGUGCCAUCACGUUUUCAGAGAAUGCGCGAGGAAUUCGAUCGUAUUGGCAUGCGCCGCUCCGUGGAGGGAGUGCUGCUCGUCCACGAACAUGGCCUGCCGCAUGUGCUGCUGUUGCAGCUGGGCACGACAUUCUUUAAAUUGCCUGGCGGGGAGCUCAAUGCUGGCGAGGACGAGGUCGAUGGUCUGAAGCGACUACUCUCCGAGACGCUGGGUCGUCAGGACGGCGUCAAACAGGAGUGGAUUGUCGAAGACACCAUUGGAAAUUGGUGGCGUCCCAAUUUCGAGCCACCACAAUAUCCAUACAUUCCACCGCACAUCACCAAGCCCAAGGAGCACAAGCGGCUGUUCCUUGUUCAGCUCCACGAAAAGGAUACGGACAGGAACGCCAGUUACGAUGUACCCUGAGCCGUUCCAUUAGCGCCGUGCUGGUGUGUCGUGCCACCCAACUCAACUAUCAAAAGUGCCAUGUGCCAUAGCCAUAGAUCGGCAAAACGAGCAAACAGAAAAACAGAUCAGAAAAAAAGAACAGAAUUCCUUCGGGCUUAGUUUUGAUUUUAGAAUUCAUUGUACAACAUAGAAAAUUUGUAUUUUUUUGCUCAGAACAGUGUUGGCAUAUUUUGUUGGUUCCCACGCAAAAUCCGAAAACUCAAUGAUUGUUCUUGUUAUCUUAAUUUUGUAAAUAUGUCGACAUCCAUUUGAGACUAAGCGUAAGCUGUAUUUCCCCUCUCCCCAAAAUACUUACGAUACAUACGAUAUUAUUUCUUUACUUCUACGAGUAUUCUUACUAUUGUCAACUGUCAUUGUCAUUGUCAUGUGAUCUUCUUGUCUUAAGGCUGUUUACGAAUAGUUAGUCGGGAGUCACGGGCAGGCAGGGCAGCAACAGCAGCAGCAGAGCAUUGUAACGUGCGCCCACAUCCGGCAUGUUGUACGGAUUUGUGCGCAAGUCGCUCCUUAAUAUAAGCACUCGUUUAUAUGUAACCAUAACCAAAUGAAUGAAAAACUGUGUUAUACUUCUGUCGGCUCAUAGCUUGUGCGCUGAACAACGGGCUGCUGCCGCUUCAGCGCACAAGACACCAAUAAUUCGCUUAGACCAUUUAUAAUUAUGUUCAAUAUCAGAGUGGUAGAUCACCGUUGGGCAAGAGCAAGAGCACUGACCGACCAACAGAUGGAUAAAAGUAAUUAGAGUGUAACGAAUCGAACCAUGAAUGUAAAACAUAAUACAUACGUCUCUUAUAUAUCAGAUUUUAUAUCAUGUGGCAGCUCAAUAGAUUCUUUAUACUAUGUAAAUUUUUUGUAACCGAUUGUAACGAUCUAGCUAAUAUGUACAUUUAAACGAUGUUAUUUACAAUGCUCCAUGAUAUCUCUACAUACAU